CUCCAAUCUUUAUUAUCCCCUCAGCUCUAUCUCACUCUUCUCUCUCCACUCUCUUCUUUCUCUCGUGAACUCCAACCAGCAGCAGAGUUCAAGAAAUGGAGUAGGCUGCAAUGACAAUUCAUUUUGGUGAAGUUGCUUGUGUGGGUGGAGUUGUAGACUGGCCGUACUGCCUCACUCACAUUCCGCAAUCCACGCUAACAUGAAAGCAGGUUCCAUCACGAUGGACGAAAGGAAGCAACUAUAUUUACAGUAUUUCUUCAACUACUACUACCAAUACUGCAUAUGGAAGAGAAGGUUGCUAGUUGCUAUUGCUAUAUGCCUAGCUAGUUACUCAUAUUUGGUUGACAUGAGAAAAAAGCAGCGGGAAGGUGUAACAUAUUCACCAAUGCUUCUUAGAGAUGUGGAGCGAAAUGCACGGUUAAAUUGUUUAUUUAAUGGUACCGAGGCUAAUUGUGUUUCCGAGCUCCGCAUGCGAAAAGCCAUUUUUCAUAGGCUUUGUGGGCAUCUCAGAUCAUGUGGUCUUUUAGUAGACACCCUGCAUGUGACAGUGGAAGAACAAGUUGCAAUGUUCAUGCAUGUAGUGGGACACAAAUGGUCUAAUAGAUUUGUUGGUUUUGAGUUUUAUCAAUCGGGUGAAACAGUUAGUAGGUACUUCAAUGCUGUUCUGGAUUCACUUGUUUCAAUAUCUAAAGAACUAAUAUACCUCAGAAGCACUGAAACCCAUCCAAAGAUUACAAGUAGCCCAGGAAGAUUCCACCCGUAUUUUGAGGGAUGCAUAGGAGCGUUGGAUGGUACUCAUGUACCAGUAUGUGUCCCUGCACAUAUGCAGAAUAGAUUUUGGGGUAGAAAGUCCAGUCCCACUCAAAAUGUCCUUGCGGCUGUUGAUUUUGAUUUGCGGUUUAUCUAUGUCCUUGCUGGUUGGGAGGGAUUAGCCCAUGAUUCACAUGUGCUUCAAGAUGCUCUAAGCCGCCCUAGUGGACUAAAAAUACCAGAAGGAAAAUUUUUCCUCGCUGAUGCUGGAUAUGCAGCAAGACCUGGUAUACUACCCCCAUACUGCGGUGUUCGUUAUCACCUUAAAGAAUACAAAGAUGCUAGGCAACCUGAAAAUGAUAAAGAAUUGUUCAACCUGCAUUUGGUACCCUGAAAAAUCGAUUUAAUAUCCUCAAGAGUCAACCAAAUCUCCCUUUGAAAACUCAAGUCAAGACUGUGAUUGCUUGUUGUGCGCUUCACAAUUGGAUAUUAUAUAAUGGUGAUGAUGAAUAUGUCUAUGAUGAUGCUUCUUGGUAUAGAACCUUGCCAAGGAGCCAGAGGAUAUACCGUGAUAUACGUCAUGAGUGUCAAGCUUGGGUGCUUAAACGAGAUCAGAUGGCACAUGCUAUGUGGAAGAUAAAGUUGGUCAAAAUGAGAACAUUGGUCCCAUGUAUUUGUGAAUGGGUACUUCUAGUUCUUUAUUAUUAUGUUGUGAAUGUUGGACUUAUCUAUGUAAUAAAUACUUUGUUUGCUCAGUAUUACAUAGCUGCUUGCUCAUGCUACUCCAUCUUAUUGAUUACAUUGCUAUAUCAUAUUGCA